GGAAGUCAGUCGACAACCCAUGCGGCACGACGCUGGCACUGUGACUGUGACUGCUCUCUAACAGUCAGCCGAACGGGUGGAGGUUCGGGAUUGACGUUUCUCCGUUGUUCCGGAUCGACCAGUUUACAUAAUCGUCGAGUUGUAAUGGUUUAGCGUAACACUUGCACGCACGAAGAUAAGCCGAGCGCGGGGAUACGCUACUAGCAAGAUCGAUCUCCGCUCAACAACCUCGCCUUAUCUCUCCCGACCCUGGUUUGAGGGGAACCACUGGCAUCACUCUGGGUUGGCAGUUGAUAUAAGUAUGCCACACCCCUGGCUUCUGCUGUCCAGCGGGGAAAUAUCCCGACCUUGUCCCACGAUAAUGACCCCUUUGGCUGCUUUCAAGUCUUCAGCCUCGCAGCCCCCCCGGCCCCCGAAAUGUCUGCAAGUCCCCCAUGAAGUCUCCUAGAAGCCCGCGUAAACGAACGAAGAACCGGCCGCCCAUCAAACAUACAAAGACCUUUUCAGGUUGUUGGACGUGCAGGGAUCGACACGUAAAAUGCGAUGAGGCCCGACCGGACUGUACCCGGUGCCUGAAGGGCGGCUUUGAGUGUCAAGGCUACGGCAUCAGGCUGGUAUGGGUGGACUCCAAUACUCAAGAACGAGAACAGAACAUCCGACGUGCCAUUGACACCCCGGCACUUUAUGAGACUGCUUCUCUAUGCAGCCAGAUUGAUGUUCAUGAGGCUCUCGAGGCAAUAGAGAGGCUGUCUACGAGAAGGCAAUCGUUAUCAACUGGUCCGUUCUCUGUCUUUGCACUGGAACAGUUCACACAAGCAUGUGAUGAAGCUGUGAGCGAAGGCGAGACUUGUCCUUUGCCAGUUAACGUGGGGGACUCUCAUGAUGUGGUUGACUUCAUCGAAGCAGAGCACAGCGAUGACGAGAGCAUUGAAACUAUCGUUUCCCCUUCACUGUCAGAUACUACAACGGCAUUUCAUGACUGCAAUGAUGUCGACCUUACAUUUCUCGACACUUUGAGCGGUGGAUUCCCUCCAAUAUCUCGCCAUCUCGACCUGCUUCCCCGGCCUGCGGAACAACGUGAGCUCAUUGAUCACUGGACUUCAUUUGUGUGCUGGCACCUCGUCCCCGUGGACAGGCCAGACAACCCUUUUCGAAGCGUCUUCACGCCCAUGGCACUGGCCGGAUUGACAUUGCCUUCGCAAGAAUCCAGCGGUCAAAUCGCGCUAUUUCACGCUAUAUGCGCCACGUCGGCGUUCAGCCGUGGUCAACUACUCAAUAAUGACCAGCAAUCACUUACCCUUGCCACCAAGCACUACCAGCUGGCCAUCAUGCACCUGCGGCACAGUUUGGCCAGGCUCAAAGAUAAUAUGGAUUCGGAAAUUCAACGCGGUUCAGUCCUGGCAACUAUCACCGCAUUCUCAGCCAUGGACAUGAUCACGGGCCGCUCUUCGGAGUGGCGCACUCACCUUCAAGGUGGUGCUUCCUGGCUUGCAACGGUCGAAGGUAGCACAUGGGAUCGCGACAAGAGUUCGUCGAUGGUGUAUCAGGGCUAUGUGGCCAUCGCGGCCCUAUGCAACAUCAACCUCCCAUCAACGGUCAACGUUGAGUCCGAGGAUUGUCUCAGUCAGAAAAACUAUGUCCUGGAUCGCUUUUUUGGCCUCACACGACCAAUACUGAAGCACAUCGUCAUGAUGAACUCGUUUAUCAGGAAAUGCUUCCCGACCGAAGAGCCAGGUGGUGCGGAGGCUCUGGAUGAAUUUGAAUUGCAGCUGUACGAACAAACACCCGAGAGUCUUGAUCUUGAAGGCCUGGAUCCGCUGAGCCGGGCAUUGACCCGCCACCACGCCUAUGUAUUCUAUUAUGCUUCCCUCAUCUACUUCCAGCGUGCCGUCCGACGACGACCCCCAGAGGAGGUACAAGGGCUAGUCGAGCUUGCUGUGAGCCGCCUCGAAGAAAUUGAAGACUUGGGAGGGGAUGCCAUUGGGUGUACCUUGGUGUGGCCACCCCUUGUGGUAGCGUGUGAAUGUCUCAGCGAGGAUCUACAGCAGCGAAUCCUGUCUUGGUACAAGGUAAAGAGAAGACACGGGUUUAGAAAUCUAGAUAUUUCCCAAGAUAUUGCGAAAGAACUGUGGCGGAGACGGGCUUGUGCUUCCAAUGAGGUGGACAUUCAGUGGCAGGAUGUAUUGAAGGAUUUGAACAUGGAUAUAGUACUUGCAUAAGCGGACGCAGCAUCUCAUGUCGGAAGCAUGACUUACUCAGAUAGUAUGGUCCACAUCUGUCUCACGCCAUUGCAAGAAACUUGAAGGGGCGUCCUUGAUGACUGUCCUGCUUCAACCGCGGUAGAAAGUCUAGAAACUAUACAGGUCUGACCAAAAGAUUUUGCCAUUUCUUGCACCAGGCCACGCGGCCAGACGUUCAAAUGACCAUUUAGCGACGUCCUCGCAGUUCCCGAGGUCGA